CAUAUACACAACUAAAUAAAAUAAAAAUAAAGAAUUUCUACUAUUACUAGUACGGAGUACAUGUUAUUUGGGUGUCUUUUCUUAAUUUCGACCUGUCAAAUUAAUUUUAUUGAGAGAAAGAGGUCGCUGCCUGUUUGGCACUGUUAAAAAGAGCGGGAGAGAGGACCGGCAAUGGAGGACGACGUGGAGAUGGCUGCGUCAGAAAACGGCGCCGUGGUGGAAUUGGAUGACAUGAAGAAGAGAUUGAAAGAAAUGGAAGAUGAAGCGGCUGCUCUCCGUGAAAUGCAGGCCAAAGUCGAGAAAGAAAUGGGUUCUGUUCAAGACCCUGCUGCUGCUGCAAAUCAGGCAAACAGGGAAGAAGUGGAUUCUCGGUCUGUUUUUGUUGGAAAUGUGGAUUAUUCAUGCACUCCAGAGGAAGUGCAGCAGCAUUUUCAGGCAUGUGGGACUGUAAAUAGAGUUACAAUCCGAACUAACAAGUUUGGGCAACCUAAAGGGUAUGCUUACGUUGAGUUUCUUGAAACGGAAGCUGUCCAAGAAGCUCUUCUUCUGAAUGAAUCUGAACUUCAUGGCCGCCAACUUAAGGUAUCAGCAAAGAGGACUAACGUACCUGGUAUGAAGCUGUAUCGUGCUAGGCGGCCCAAUCCUCCCAUGGGAUUUCGAGGCCGGACACCAUUUAUGGCUGCUCCGUAUUUUUUCCCUCCUUAUGGAUACGGAAAGGUUCCAAGGGCUAGGGCGCCAAUGCGUUACAGCCCCUACUUCUGAGACAGCAUUUCCUCUGAGACAGACAUAUACAUAUCUCUGGAUGGUGGGAUAUUUCAUUAAAAGCAGUAGCUUCUUAUCCCCUGUAUGGCAAAUUGCCUUUCAGAAUCUUAUUUAUCCUGAAAUCCAUUUUCAACUGGGCUUUGUGGCAAAUAUUGUGAUCAUGAAUCCUGUUGAUGUUGCGUCCUUAGAAUUCAAGAAAAAUAUGCAUGUUUCAAGUCUCCUA